CAUCGAUCGCUUCAUCCCAAGUUACUGUUUCUGUGUUGGCUGCCACUUCCCGUCGCUGCUAGGACUCUCCGUGUGCCGGACUCUCUCUGCGUGAGCAGACUAUGCUUUAGAUGCAUUUGAUGCUUAGACCUAACGCUCGAAACGAACCUGAAAACUACCAUCUGUGAUCUGUGACAAGGCUGCGCUACGAUUUUAUACCACGCGGUGCGUGUAUUUCUCUGGACUAGGGACACGCCCUGAGGUGCUUGUGAUACGGUGUUGUACCGUCGUGCUAGAAUAGAAACUGUGAAAUCCAACGAGGUGUUACCUUUUUGCUGGACGCGGACGAUUUGGAUGGUGCAUGUGCAACUGAACGCUAGUGCGAAUACGUUCCGCUUCUCCGCUUCGCUAGAUUUGGCGAACGCGCUCUUUAACGUUUGCGAAGAUUGCGGCAACAUGGCGUGUCUGCCCCAGUCGGCGUUUGCCGUGCACAAAGUUCGCCAGGCGCAGCAUCAGAAGGAUCUCACCGUUGCGCGGAUGUUCAGCGACAAGCACGGCCCGAAAUACUUAAACAAGAGCACGCUCGAUUUGACGCCGGCUACACCGGUCAAGUAUAACGGCAAGCUGAUGAACAGCAUCUGGGGCCUGUAUAAUCGCUACUCGCCGCACAACUUCAAGAAGAACAAUGCAUCCUACGGGAGUUUCUUUGGCAUGCAACAGCCGUUUGCUGUUGCAUGCUCGCCGGCGGAGAAGUCCCCGGCAAACAAUCUACCCGUGGGCGAGUAGGUUGCUCUAGCGAUCCGGUAGAUGGUCGAAACACGCGUCAUCGGUUGCCCAAGCGAAUGCUCCUAGUAGAGGCUUGCGUUCUAAAUGUGAUUUAAUCAAAUAAUACAUCUAUAUUUUUCAU